AUGGCGAGCGUUCGCCCACAUGAGCCCUUAAAAUUAUACAUUGCAGCAUCUAUAAACACAAUUUGGUGUAUGUUAGCCCAAGAUGAUGAGAAUGGGCAUGAACGGGCUAUUUAUUACCUUAGUCGAGUUCUAACUGAUAUCGAGACAAGGUAUUCUCCGAUAGAAAGAUUGUGUUUGUUUUUAUACUAUGCAUGUAUGAAAUUAAAAUGCUAUAUGGUGGCUAAAUCAGUGAAGGUUAUAGCACAAACUGAUAUCAUCAAAUAUAUGUUGAGUUUUCCGAUGUUACGAGGGCGUUUAGGGAAAUGGAUGCUGGCUUUGACAGAAUUUUAUUUACAGUAUAUCCUGGCCAAGGCUGUAAAAGGUCAGGUCAUUGCAGAUUUUCUUGUUGACAAUUCGAAUCAUCUGAAUGACCAGGGGGCAAAUAUAAUUGAUAUUGAAGUCGAUUAUUGGAAGUUAUAUUUUGAUGGAUCGAAGCACAAAGAUGGUGCAGGAGUAGGAAUUCUUAUUAUUUCACCAGAAGGGAUUCCAUCGCUAUUUUUAUUCGAGUUAAAAUAUCCUUGCUCGAAUAAUAUGGCAGAGUAUGAAGCUUUAAUUUUGGGCCUUAAAAUAUUGAUUGAUAAAGGGGCUUUGGAAGUUCAAAUCCAAGGGGAUUCUCAAUUAGUCCUAAAGCAGUUAUCGAAAGAGUUUAAAUGCAAUAAUGAGAAGUUACAGAAAUAUUUAGCAAUGGCUUGA